CCCUACUCAAGGUCAUUUGGUGCAGCUCCCUACUCAAGGUCAUUUGGUGCAGCUCCCUACUCAAGGUCAUUUGGUGCAGCUCCCUACUCAUGGCCAUGAUGUGAAACUUCCUACUCAAGGUCAUUUGGUGCGACUCCUUACUCAAAGCCAUGGGGUGAAGCUCCCUAUUCAAGGUCAUGUGGGGCAUCUCACUAAUCAAUGUUAUGGGUUGCAGCUCCCUGCUCAAGGUCAUGAUGUGCAACUCACUACUCAAGGUCUUGUAUUUCAACUCCCUAUUCAAGGUCAUGGCAAUCAACUUUCAACUAUAGGAAAUGGAAUGCAGCUCCCAACUGAAGGCCAUGGAGUGCAGCUCCCAACUGAAGGGCAUGGGGUGCAGCUCCUUACCCAAGGCCAUGAGGUGCAGCUCCCUUUAAAAUGGGCACCCGUCAAGCCCAUAUCAUCAUCAUAUUCGUUAAGGUAAUGUGGCCCAGUAAAGCCUCCAUAUGUUUACCAGCCAAGACUAUGUUAAGGUGAUAUGGCCCAUUACACAACAAAAACAUUCCCCCCCCCCAUAUCCAGCUUUUUCAAGCAGCAUAUUUGACAUAUGUGCAAAUGAGUGUGUUAACAGAACAGUUCCAUCACUACUUUACCAGUCAAAGAAAAUCAGCUAAGUUUGAUCUUUCAAGGUUGUAAAUUGGAAGCACUAAAGUAUCAACUUUUCACCUGAGAUAGGUUGUUAUGGUAUUUAACAUACUUGUUACAGUAAAUACAUUCAAUUGGUCGAUUUUGAUCUCCCCCCCCCCCCCCNUUGGGACCCCACCACCCCUUGGGACCCCACCACCCCUUGGGACCCCGCCACCCCUUGGGACCCCACCACCCCUUGGGACCCCGCCACCCCUUGGGACCCCACCACCCCUUGGGACCCCACCACCCCUUGGGACCCCACCACCCCUUGGGACCCCACCACCCCUUGGGACCCCACCACCCCUUGGGACCCCACCACCCCCAGUCAAUUUUGAUCUUCAUUUAAAAAAAAAUAUGUUGAAUCAAAUUCUCUCUCCGGUUAUUACGAAUCUUGACCGGGACCGCACCCAACUAAAAUGAAUGAUCUGGGGACACAUCCACCCCCAACCAUUUUUCAUUUUUCUCCUUUAUAUUCAGUGUGUACAUACUGUAUGGAUGGCUGCAUUUGUUUUAAUCUACGACUUUUUCAGUAUGGUUAGCUCAAAUUUAACAUUAAAUUACCUCGUGGUGUAUUGAUUUAAUGGUGCUUUCAACAAAACUCGGGUUAUUCCUGUUUAUUGAGGCACUUAUUUUUAACAUCAAUUCCUUUGUGUAAAUAUUUUAAGGUGUUUUUUCGCUCACAAAAUUCUGUGUGCUGUCUUGUUUAUUGCUGAAUUUAUUUUUUCAUUCUGGCCAAAGAAUUCAGCAAUACAAAAAGACAAAACCUUACCUCAAGAAAAGGAAAACCCGCAGGCCAAAACCCAGAGGUAAGAUGAUGAUUUAGUUUCGUAUUAUCCUUCCCACGUACAGCGGUAAGAUGAUGAUUUAGUUUCAUAUAAUGCUUCCCAUGUACAGCGGUCAGAUGAUGAAUUAGUUUUGCAUAAUCCUUCCCACGUACAGCGGUAAGAUGAGGAUUUAGUUUCGUAUAAUCCUUCCCACCUACAGUGGUAAGAUGAUGAUUUAGUUUCGUAUAAUCCUUCCCACAUACAGCGGUAAGAUGAUAAUUUAGUUUCAUAUAAUCCUUCCCACAUACAGCGGUAAGAUGAUAAUUUAGUUUCAUAUAAUCCUUCCCGCGUACAGUGGUAAAAUGAUGAUUUAGUUUCAAAUAAUCCUUCCCUCAUACAGCGGUAGGAUGAUGAUUUAGUUUUGUAUAAUCCUUCCCACGUACAGUGGUAAAAUGAUGAUUUAGUUUCAUAUAAUCUUUCCCACCUACAGUUAUAGAUGAUGAUUUAGUUUCAUGUAAUCCUUCCCACGUACAGCGGUAAGAUGAUGAUUUAGUUUCAUACUAUCCAUCCCACCUACAGCGGUAAGAUGAUGAUUUAGUUUUGUAUAAUCCUUCCCACGUACAGCGGUAAAAUGAUGAUUUAGUUUCAUAUAAUCUUUCCCACCUACAGUUAUAGAUGAUAAUUUAGUUUCAUAUAAUCCUUCCCACCCACAGUGUUAAGAUGAUGAUUUAGUUUCAUAUAAUCUUUCCCACCUACAGUUAUAGAUGAUGAUUUAGUUUCAUAUAAUCCUUCCCACCCACAGUGUUAAGAUGAUGAUUUAGUUUCAUACUGUCCAUCCCACCUACAGUGGUAAGAUAAUGGUUUGAGCAGAGGUAGAUGAUGGUGUAAGUAGUGGUAGAAUGAUGAUGGUUAAAGCAGUGUAAGAGGAUGAUGUAAGCAGUGGUAAAAAGAUGAUUUAAGCAGUGUUAAGAUUAUGAUAUCGUAUCAUGUAUAACUUUUCUUACUUACAGCUUUAGGAUUUUCAAUCACAAUUCAAAAUGUUCCUUUUGUCACUUCAACCUUCAUUAUUUAGUUUUUACUUUCAUUAGGUGUAUUGUAUUCGAUCAGUUUUAAAAGCAAGUCUUGUGAUGUGUAUUAUUCUUAAUCUAAGGAAUCUCUGUGGCUUUGGAUGAAUACUAUUAUGGCAGGUUGGAAGGAGUUCCUAACUACCAAGAAGAGAAGGACAGUUUUAGAUUUGAAGUGAGUUUUGAUUUUUCCAGCUGUGAAAUGUCUGUGAAAUCUCAUAAUAAAAAAAGAUUAGCUGUUAUGGGGGCGGGGGGUUUGGUGUUAUUUGGUAUUGUCAUUAUUUGAAUGAAGCUUGGCAUUCAAAGUACGGGAAACCCCGCUACAACGCUGUCAUGGGAAGGCUCACAGAAUAACCCCGCUACAACGCUGUCGUGGGAAGGCUCACAGAAUUACCCCGCUACAACGCUGUCGUGGGAAGACUCACAGAAUUACCCUACUACAACACUGUCAUGGGAAGGCUCACAGAAUUUCAUAUAUUCAGUUGCAGAUAGUUAUAUUUUUGGCAAGCACAUGAAGAAAAAAAAUUAUAAAACUUGAUAUUCUUAUACAACACAAUCGCAAAUCCACUAAAACUAGCCAUCAUCAACAGCACAUAGCUGACCAACCACUAGACAUAAAAGCAUUCUUUUGUUUUAAUCAAAUGACCUAUCUUCCUACUUUUUAAAAAAAACAACAUUCCAACGUUAUUCGAUUUUAGGGAACCCAAAUAUCAUGUAACAGCAGAGGUCUCACUGUAAGGUGCUGUGAUACAUUAGUCUUGUUUUUUUUCCCGUUCAAUUUUUACAUCAGAUUGAAACAAAAGCUUUCAAAUCAAAUUUAAAGUACCAGUAAGUUAAAAAAAAAAAGACAGCUUACAGGGACAGUGACUAAAUGAACACUUUAUUUAACUGCAUCUGCCAAUGCUUACUCUUUUGUUUCUAGUGUUUUCACUGUGGCAAGGUGCUGUAUAAUAAUGUCAGGACCAUGCUGCACAUCAACAGACACCUAUACCCAGAGUGGGUUGUUGACUUGGACUCUGGUAACCUUGCAGGGUGCCUAAAAUGCAACAGGGACUUUGACAACCCAUUUGAAAUGCAGACACACUACGACAAGGUAAAAAAAAUGUAAAUGAUAAAUGUCUAAGAGUUUUGAGUUUUAUUAACUUGAGUGUCACUGUGUAGCAGUAAUUAAUUUUAAGCACAUCAGCAGAGCAAUCAUUUGGAAACUUUGUUAACAUAAAAUAGGGUACUAUAUUCUCCUCCUUCUUGUUGCUUGCACAGGGGAGGCAUCAUGGGGUACUGGGUAUGAUUCAUUACUGAUGUCGUUGGGAAUGAUGAAUAGGGACACCAAGAGUAACAGGAUGUGUCUUUGGUCAUUGUGAAAAUGUCCCCCCCCCACCAACGGGACCAAGUUAGAUGAGCACCACAACUAAGCUACUGCGCCUUGCGGGAGCUGGGGUGCCAAAUGUGUGACAAUUGGAAUGACCACGGGUGGGCAGUGUGAACCAUUUAUGGUACUAUAUUAUUUGAACAGGUAUUCCAGACAGGUUAUGGGAGAGUUUGUGUCCAGACUGUAUUGUUGUGACGUUGGGGACAUGUAGGGGUUAUUCAGAGAUCAGAGUAUGAGACAUUCAGUGAGCAGAAAGCAAUAUACAAGCUUUGUUUGUUUGUAGUCAGUUCAAUUUAGUCACGGGGGAAUUGUAAAAGAUAGCAGGAUUGUGAGAAAAAGCAGAAUUAUGAGAGACAGCAGGAUUGUGAUAAAAAGCAGGAUACAAGCUGUGUUUGUUCAAUUCAGUCUGGGAGAAAUUGUGAGAGACAGUAGGAACGAUUCUGGAAAGUAGUUUUUUAUUUUAAAACAAAUUUGCCAUUUGUGGCCAAAUAAAUCCUGGAUGAUGUAUGUUUCUUGUGGUGAAUUUCCAAAACUAUGCAAAUGAAAAAAACAUUUUAUUAUGUUUUUGGUAGCACCCUGCAUCAGGGAAGUUGGAUUCUCUGGAAGCCCCAACAAGUCCAAAAAUGUAACACUUUGACUAGUGAACAUUUAGAAAAUCCCAUGAGGGCAGGUGCUACUGAUAACUAUCUCAAAUCAUGAAAACUGCAAGUACAAUCGUAAGCACAAUAUCUCAUUAAGAAGUGCUACAGUUUUUAUUCUCUUUAUCUGUAUUCUUGACGAGCCAAAAAUUCUAUUUGAAGCAUGCCUCUUUAUGAGUAAGGUGAUAAUUAUUAAUGAUAUGAAUAAUUUUCUAAAAAGUAAAAUAAAAAAAAUCUAAAUCUUACUUUUGAGUUGUCAUUUGCUGUCCUUGGGUUCAAGUAAUUUUUUUUUUUUUUUUUACCAAUGUAGUCUAAAAGGUUGGACUGUACUGAUCUACAUAAUGAUCCUCAAUGUAGCUUGUUGCUGGAAGUCCCUUUCUUUUUUUUAAAUGGACAAGGCUGUGCAAUAGUAACCACUUUGAGGAAAUUUUAGUUAACAGUAAACAAUAAUUACACAUCUGUUGGCGGCAUUCUUAUCAAGAUCUGUAAUGUCAGCUGGUGUUCUUUUAGUUUCUGUUAAAUAAUUAAAUAUAUUUAGUGUCAAUGACAAUGGACAGCAUUAGACUUGGUCAUUAUGACUAUUUGUCCCCAUGGCUUGACUUUUGGCAUCACUGACUUUUGCCUACUAUUUAUUCCUGUGGCAUGACUUUCAGUAUCACUUAGUUGGUCAUUAUGGCUAUUUAAUCCUAUGGCUUGACUUUUAGUGUCAGUGACUUGGUCAUAAUGCCUAUUUCUUCCUUUGGUUUGACUUUUAGUAUCACUUACUUGGUCAUUGUGCCUAUUUGUUCCUAUAGCUUGAUGUUUGGUAUUGCUGACUUGGUCAUUAUGCCGAUUUCUUCCUUUGGUUUGACUUUUGGUAUCACUGACUUGGUCAUUAUGUCUAUUUAUUCAUGUGGCUUGACUUUAUUUUAUGUGCUAUUGGUUUCUUAAACUUAAGUUGGUGAGAUUUUUGUUGUACAAGUUUUAAAAGCAGACAACAGUUUGAAUUAUUUAUUUUAUUUUUCCCUUUUGUCCCUCUUCUCUUGCUGGAAACUUCCAAUUAAAUGACUGAAGAAAGAGGACGUUUGAAUUCGACACCCACGGGCGGAAGGAAGCCUUCCAACUGUAAAAUUUGAUCUAAGUUUUACAAACCAUUGGCAUGAUGUGAUGCCCCUUACAAAAACCUGUGGCAGGCUGAGAUUUCCCAGUCUCUCCAUCAAUAUAAAAAGACCUUGGCUUGCCUCACAGCAAUGCAGCCUACGGUCAUCAUACUCAAUGUGAAAACAUGUCCAAAAGAAUGCAGUAAUAGGCUGAAAGUUGAAGCAGUCACAUCUAUUUUACAGUGCAAUAUAAACAAUAUCACUUUUUUUGGUUUUUAAACAAAUCCAGAAAUGAACCCAAAAAAAGAGAUUGGUUGCAUACAUUCAAAAUAUUAAUAAUUAAAUCAAAAAGUUAUUAAUUAUAAUUUUUUUUUCCUUAUAUUUUCUUUUCCUACAGUUUUUUUCCAUGCUGUCGUACAGUUUUUUUCCAUGUUGCUGUACAGUUUUCUCAAUGUUUUUGUAUAGUUUUUUUCCAUGUUGUACAGUUUUUCCAAGUAUUAGUUUUUUCUAUGCUGUUGUACUGUUUUUUCCAUGCUGUUGUAUCGUUUUUCCAUGCUGUUGGACAGUUUUUACCAUGCUGUUGUAUUUUUUUUUCCAUGCUGUUGGACAGUUUUUUUAAGGCCUUUUUGUACAGAUUUUGAUUUUGCAGAUUGGCAUGUGUUUGGGGGAUUCUGGCUUUUUUUAAGCUACUGUGAAAUAACAAUGGGAGGGCGGAUUUUGGUUGCAGGGUCGAUACGCUCAAAUAACCAGUUUAGUUUGAGGUGGCAGAAAUGGUUUAAUUCACUACAGCUUCAUCGCAGUCAAACCUUCUUCUGUCACUUUUGGUUUGCACAUUCAUUAAAAAGGCAGCCAAACCCUCUUCUGUCACUUUUGGUUGGAACAUUCAUUAAAAAGGCAGUCAAACCCUCUUCUGUCACUUUUGGUCUGCACAUUCAUUAAAAAUGCAGUCAAAUCCUCUUCUGUCACUUUUGGUUUGCACAUUCAUUAAAAAGGCAGUCUAACCCUCUUCUGUCACUUUUGGUUGGAACAUUCAUUAAAAAGGCAGUCAAACCCUCUUCUGUCACUUUUGGUUGGAACAUUCAUUAAAAAGGCAGUCAAACCCUCUUCUGUCACUUUUGGUUGGAACAUUCAUUAAAAAGGCAGUCAAACCCUCUUCUGUCACUUUUGGUUUGCACAUUCAUUAAAAAGACAGUCAAACCCUCUUCUGUCACUUUUGGUUGGGACAUUCAUUAAAAAGGCAGUCAAACCCUAUUCUGUCACUUUUGGUUUGCACAUUCAUUAAAAAGGUAGUCAAACCCUCUUCUGUCACUUUUGGUUUGCACAUUCAUUAAAAAGGCAGUCAAACCCUCUUCUGUCACUUUUGGUUUGCACAUUCAUUAAAAAGGCAGUCAAACCCUCUUCUGUCACUUUUGGUUGGAACAUUCAUUAAAAAGGCAGUCAAACCCUCUUCUGUCACUUUUGGUUGGAACAUUCAUUAAAAAGGCAGUCAAACCCUCUUCUGCCACUUUUGGUUGGAACAUUCAUUAAAAAGGCAGUCAAACCCUCUUCUGUCACUUUUGGUUUGCACAUUCAUUAAAAAGGCAGUCAAACCCUCUUCUGUCACUUUUGGUUUGCACAUUCAUUAAAAAGGCAGUCAAACCCUCUUCUGUCACUUUUGGUUGGAACAUUCAUUAAAAAGGCAGUCAAACCCUCUUCUGUCACUUUUGGUUUGCACAUUCAUUAAAAAGGCAGUCAAACCCUCUUCUGUCACUUUUGGUUGGAACAUUCAUUAAAAAGGCAGUCAAACCCUCUUCUGUCACUUUUGGUUGGAACAUUCAUUAAAAAGGCAGUCAAACCCUCUUCUGCCACUUUUGGUUGGAACAUUCAUUAAAAAGGCAGUCAAACCCUCUUCUGUCACUUUUGGUUUGCACAUUCAUUAAAAAGGCAGUCAAACCCUCUUCCUGGCACUUUUGGUUUGCACAUUCAUUAAAAAAAUGAUUUAUUUCAAGUUAUUUGAAAUUUGGAAAAGUGAUGUGCAUGCAAAUUUUAAUGUUUUAACUUACACUAAAAAAUGGCAUGGUAAAAAAUUUCACAGUAAAAAAAGAAAACGUCAAGCGCAUGGCACACUUUUGAGGUGUUGAAUGCUUAAGUAGAAAUAAUUUUGAAGACAGCCCAGGAGCAGAGUCCCAGCCAUCUCUGGCACAAAGUCCCUUGCUGAGUUAACAAUCUGACUAGUCGUUCAGCCAUCCCCACUGUUGUUUGAAUUUCAGGACCACUUGAAGCAAGACAAUCCCCAGUGUCGCAUCUGUGAGAGGAAGUUUAGCGAUGUGCAUAGACACAUGGAGACUCAGCACAACAUCUGUGAGAUGCCCUACAUCUGCCAGCUGUGCAAGUUCCGGUCAUCUAUGCACAGCGACGUCGUUCAUCAUUUUGUUACGGUAGAUAUGUAGUAUAUGUCUCAUUUAUUCUCAUCCAUCUCAUCUAUGCAUUAUAAAGUUUUUGUAUAAAAUUUUUUGUGUAACAAAUGAAAUAAAAAGGGCAUCGUGUAGCUGAACUAUGCAAAGGUUCUCUCAGAUGUCUCUUUGAACAGAGCUGAAGUGGUGUAGGUUGAAGGCACUGUGAACGAAAAUAGUUAUAAAAAAAGAUUCCUUUGGGUGCACACAAGGUUAGGAGAUGUGGCUGGUGCAUCAGGAGAAAGUGGAAAGCCUAAGGUGUAUAAUUACCCUAUUUCUUGAAGAAUUCAACAAACCUAUUUGUUGAAGAAUUCAACAAAAGAGAAUUUGUAGGUAUUUACCCAGCACUCGUGUGUCCCUCUCUCUGAAAACUAGUAAUUUUUUAGUUGUAACACUAUUUGUAACCAGCUUUGCUGUAAUUGGUGUUUAAAAUGUUUAUUUAUUUUGAUCUUAAAUUCAUAAUUUCCACAGAAGCACAACAGAUCCGAGUUUCUGCUGUGUUUGUUGUGCCUUCAUGUGAUGAAACGGCCAAGAUCCAAUGGAAAUAGUGGGAACAAAUUAAACUAUUACUAUUACCACCAUCUCAGGGGACAUGGGGUUAGUACCUGUGAUUGAUAUUGUUUAACAGCGCAGGCACAGUUGGGCGUUUCCAUUGUGUAUUUGAAAAUGUUAUGGGCUGCUGAUUUUUGCAUGACUAUCUUUCCUUAAUUUAGUCAGCUUUAAACAAUUGCUUGGCAAGGAAGGAGUAGAUGCGGCUCUUUGUAAAUCCUUUAUUAAUUGUGCUUUUGUUCCUGGCUGGCAAAAAAAUUUUGGAUAGCUAAUUGACCCACUUCCUGUUAACCUAUCGAGCUGAAACUUGGCGCACAGACUCAUUGCCGAUGACAACACAUUCUUUAAAAUUUUCUGCCCAACCCCCCAAAAUCAGUUAUUCUUUUUUUUCAAGGGGAAGAUGAAAGAAAUAUGCCAAGGAUUUCAGAAGCAAAAUUCCUGAUAACUAUGCUAAAUGAGAUAAAUAAAAGAGUAGAGUUUUUUGUGCGCGAUAUUUCUUUUGUUUUUAUGAAACAGUUGGCGAAAUUAAUCUGCAGUUUAAAAGCAGGUUGGUCAUUAGAAUAUCAAUAUAGUUCAGGGGCUUCAAAAAAGUAGGCGGUCGCAAGCCCUGGGUGAGCGCUAAUUGGGAUUCUUAUUACGUGCGUUACUUGUAUGCAUUUUUGUCAAAUUUUCAGCCCCACCCCCAUUGAUUGAUAUUACAUUUUAUAAUGGAUUUUUAUACAUUGUUUUAGGGGCUGUUUAAUUAGACAAUACUAUAGUUAAAAAAAUAUAUAACUAUAUCCACGAACUCAUGUGAUGUUACGUAGCUAUAUUUUGUAACUACACCCACAAACUCGUACAUGAUGUGUGAGUGACCUCAUACAUGAUGUGCGAGUGACCUCAUACAUGAUCCAUUGCUGAACUGGUGUGUCAUCUAGGGAUGACCUUGAAAUGAUUUUUAAUAAUCUCCUGCACAGCACAACUUUCUUUAAAUCUCUCAAAACAACUGUAGUUGGGGACUAAAAUUUAAAUCCUGUCUUUCUUUUUAUUCAGAUACAAAGGAAAGGAUGCAAUCUAGGAUGCAAUCGUUGUAAACUAAUUUUCAGGACCAAAACAGAACUAGUCGAGCAUCGUCGAACGGAUCAUCUGCCGUAUCAGGAAAGAGUCAACGGUAGGCUUAGCGUGGCUUAAGACUGACAUGGUGUGGAUGCCAAUGGCAAAUAAAAAAAUCAACAAGCCUGAGAAAUAAAUUACUCUAAAAAAAUAUAAGCUCAUCCAAAAAAAUGCAUGGCAUUUUAGGUUAUACUACAGCUUUAAACAACUCUUAUCUAUUCUAAAGAAAUUGAUGCUAAAUAUUCCACCCCUGGCCAAGUAGAGAAAGAAAGUGGAAAUGUCGGAGGCGUCAGCUGCUUAAAUGCUCCUGCUGUGAGAAAGUCUAUGGAUAAUGAACUGGUUAUACCACCCGGUGUUUCUAAGCUUGGGUGCAUUGAGUGUAAAAGGCUCGUUGGAAUUCCUGACCACUUCAGGUAAGUGCUGUGAUAGGAUAGUAGUUUUUUUUGGUGUUAAUUGGUGAUACCCCACAUGGAUCGAUUUAAAAUUACAUGUGUUUGGAAAAUUGUAAUAUGUAGAUGGCCCUUAAUCUGCCAGCAAGGUUCUGGAUGGAAAAGGCGGCUGACGGCCGGAGCAUGCACAGCUUUAGUGCUACGCCCUGUCAGUUUGGUGUAAUCUUUGGCUCAGCAGCACAAAGUAAAUUAGUAAAUUAUGUCACAGGCACAAAAACACAGCGUGGACUAAAUUAGGCUAAAUAUUACUGAUGGCGUAUGUAGCAAUUUCAUUGGCAUGAUUUGUGAAGAAAAGACAUAGCAAAAGUAUGGGUAUGGCAAAAAAUAUGAAACAUUGUAUUGACAUUUUUAACAGCCUUCUAAAAUAAAUUGAAAUGAUGAAUUUCACAGUGCUCAGCACCUACGUAAUAUAUGGAUAGCCCAAUACGGCUGCAAAGCGCAGAUGUUUAGUCUUCUUGUACUUAUAUGUAAAAAACUCGACAGUAGCAAGUAAUGGGCACUUUCAAUUAAAUAACUUCCCGGGUACCCGUUUGCCACUUUACGGUAAUGGGUACCGUAUCUUGGUAGCCUUUGUCAGUCAUACUUCUGAUGUAGACUAUUAGUUUGAUAUAUUUUGAUCAGUCAUCGAGAUAUUGCACUGAGAAGUUUUGGUCCAUUGGAGCUAUUAGAUUUUUGUUGUCCUUUAUCUCUGAAGCUACCUCUUGCCUGGCUUAAACUUUUAAUUAGGGCUCAUUCAUAAAGGACAUCCUAAAAGAUGGUGGGGGAGGGGGGGUUCCAAAUGUGAAGGAGGGCAGGUGGUUUCAAGGAUCUUGCGGAAUUCUGUCUGCUAGUAUUUUUGUAAUGUUGCAUUAGGUUCACUGGGUAUAUCAUCCAUCCCUGUGGCGCUACGGCGCAUGUAGGGCUUUGGCUUGCCUCCCCACCUCCUUCCACUCAGACCAUCUAUCCAUCCCUGUGGUGCUCAUUAUAAUCAUUAUGCUUCCCAGCUUUUCACGCUGUAUAAUCACCUGUGCAGAUAUCUGCAACCAGGUAGAGGUGGUGUUAAGAUAAGCCAGAUGUGGACAAGGGUAGGGUGGUGGAAAAAAAAGCAUAUUUUCUGCGUACACCCUUCAAGAACAAUUGUUUAUUGGUUUGAAGUUGGUGAGAAAAUUGUAAUAGUUGAGGGACAUGAAAUUUCGAUUAGAUGUUGACAUAUUUUUUUGUUUUGAGUUACCUAAAACACUGAAACCCCUUCACUGAUAUUAGAGUGACCUGUCUUGUUAUUGCAGGAAGUACUCUUGUUGCUCCCUGUGCAGAUUUGCCACAAAUUGUAGGUUUGCAUAUUCCCAUCAUGUGACUGGCUCUCACUGUGGCCAGCUGACUGAAGCUGCCUCUCAUACACCAAAUCAAGGAAGAAUGGAGGAACAGUUUUACUGUGCUUGUGGAUUUGUUAGCAAUUAUGGGAACCUCAUUGGUGAGUGUUAGAAAAGCAGGGUUUACUUUCAUUUGAAUUUUGAGGAAAUAAGUAAAUAAGCCAGACGACAACCAAAAUAUUUGGUAAACUGACUUUUAAUAAUAAUAAUUGUAAAGUUUAAGUUAUUUCUAUGUGUUACAUUUUUUAAAACUUACAAACUUAAUUGUCUAUAUACUAUCACAGCCAAUCAUCUGGUUGCAUGCUCUAAAAGUUCCUGCUCCAAAUAUGUGUGUCCAGCAUCAGCUUUAGAAGAAUUAGGUAAGUUAACUCCUGUUAUAAUUUUUUUUAAAAAUUAGAUUAAAAUGAAACAUAUUCAUAUGAACUUUGAACUUUGGCCCUUUUAAAACAAAACAAAAUCAUUUCAGUAUGAAGGAUUUAAAUAUUUGCUGACUGAUUAGUUUCCAGUAGUGUUUCAUAAGCACCAGAAUGACCCUAAGUUAACAUCCAGCUUAUUUGAUAACACCUCCCCCCACAAUUCUCUUCUGCUGAUUAUUGUUGCAAAAUUACUAAUCUAUUUUAGUUCGGAAGUUAAUUUUUUAAAAUUUGUGCAUUGGGAAAAGUGUUAAAACAUUUCCCUCAUAGGCCUUCUUGUAAAAGCUAAACUGGAAAAAUCAUGGAAAAGGAGUGCCAGCUGGCUGUAAAUUUUUCUCAAUUAAUUAAUGAGAUUUUUAACUUUCUUGUUGAUUGUACUUCAUUUUUUGUGUGCUCAUUUCAUUUUGCCUUUUCUAUAUACAGAUCAAGAUAUGGAGAUUAAAGAAGAAAUAGAAUCUGGGGAUGAAACAAACAUGGGAAAUAAGGCAGCUGACGGCUGCAUGAGUGACAAUGAUGGUGAGGUCAAAUAUGGUUACACUCAGGCUUUCAGUGAUAUGGUCGAUGAGGACAAGCACAGAUACUCCAAGGCGCUCAGUGAUAUUGUCAGUGAGGACAAGCUGAAGCAAGAGGUUAAGGAAGAAGUGGCAAUGGAAAUAAUUCAAGACACUGAAGAGUUCAGCUGAGCUGCAGCAAAUACAGUAGAGCCGUUCAGUUCAAAAUAAUGAGGAUUAAUUUUUAAUUUUUGGUAUUCAGGCCUAUACUUGAUUGGUUUGAGACCUAAGUGUAGUUGACUGAAGAUCUACAUUUAAAGCCUCAAGAGCUAUGUGCAUAGAAACUGAUUAAAUGAUGGACUUCUGACUUUGGUAUGAGCAUAUGUGAGUAAAUUGACUGAAAUAACUAUUGUCUUAUCUAUAAAUGAUUGCGGACAAACUGAAUAAGUUUCAAGUAGUGCUUCUGAACUUUUCAUUUUGAUGGACUGGUGC